UGCCUUGCAGCGUCUCUGCCCUUCAUCGUCUUGACGCUGGUGAACUCUCCGUACAAGCGGGGCUUCUACUGCACCGACGACUCCAUCCGCUACCCCUAUAAGGCGGACACCAUCACCCAUGGCCUCAUGGCUGGGGUCACCAUCACCUGCACCGUUGUCCUUGUAAGGAAAUCGUCGGGGGAGGCAUAUCUGGUCUACACGGAGCGCCUCUACUCCAAGUCAGAGUUCAACAACUACCUGGCUGCCCUCUACAAGGUGGUGGGGACCUUCCUCUUCGGGGCGGCCAUCAGCCAGUCCCUGACUGACCUGGCCAAGUACAUGAUCGGUCGUCUCCGGCCGAACUUCCUGGCUGUCUGCAAUCCCGACUGGUCCAAGGUGAACUGCUCCGUCUACGUGCAGCUGGAGAACGUCUGCCAGGGGGAGAGCAGGAACAUCACAGAGUCCAGACUGUCCUUCUACUCUGGGCACUCCUCCUUCGGGAUGUACUGCAUGAUGUUCCUGGCGCUCUACGUGCAAGCCCGGCUGGUGGGGAAGUGGGCCCGGCUGCUGCGCCCCACCAUCCAGUUCUUCCUCAUCGCCUUCGCCAUCUACGUGGGCUACACCAGAGUGUCCGACUACAAGCACCACUGGAGUGAUGUGCUGGCAGGGCUGCUCCAAGGGGCUCUCAUUGCCGUCCUCAUCGUCCGCUAUGUCUCCGACUUCUUCAAGCACCGUCCCCCGCAGCAGUGUGACGAGAAGGACCCGGAG